UGUUGGUGGUCACCCUGGUAUAAAGGCUACGCGACAUCUAGUCGAACGGUACUUUUGGUCUCCAAAGCUGCGACACGCUGUUCGACGAUACGUCAAGCAGUGCCAGCCAUGCCUCUUGACCCACCGAACCCGUGCCUGGCAUGAACCUAGUACUUACCCGGCUCCGUCGAGACCUUUUCAGACCCUAGGUCUGGACCUUACUGGUCCGUACCACACAGCUGUCUGGCAUACUGCUACUUUUAAGGUUGUCCUCACCGCUACUGAUCUCCUCACGAAGUACUCCGUCCUGAUUCCGUUAUCCAACGGCACUUUGCCCGAAGUUCUACACGGGUUACGAAGCAUAACUUGGUCGUAUGGAGUUCCAUCCACUAUUGUGUGUGACAACGCAAAGGUUUUUACCAGCCCUACCUUCGUCCGCUUUUUGCAGGAGUAUGGGAUACAAGUAUACCAUACUCCACCAUUGUCCCCGUUUUAUGGUGGAUGGUUUGAGAGAGUACAUCGCACGAUGGGUAUGGUGCUCCGUCGCUUGCUACUAUCGCGUCCUACCGAUUGGCUGACCCUUUUACCCGAGACACAGUGGAUCUUGAAUCAUGUCCGCCAAGACGAGUAUGGUGCGUCUCCUCAUGAACUCCUCUUUGGUUACUCUGACAACUUACAUUUUCUACAUGCCGCUCUUGACUCUACUGAGGACCUAACACCUUCUGAUGCUGUUGAGAGACACUUACAAGGUCAUCGUCUCUUACUCAGAGAGUUUAAUCGGUUAUGGGAAGAGCAACAUACUGCCACGCGUCUUGCUCUCCGCCGCCGUGCUACGCUUAGUCCCCCACUUUGUCAGGGAGAUGUGGUUUAUCGAUUUCGGCCGGUUACUUACAAGUUAACUACCGGUUGGGACGGUCCGUACACAGUUAUGGAACGACUUACUGAUGUCGUCUACUUGAUUCAGGAUUCUCGUGAUCCUUCUCGCACGCAUCGGGAACAU